UGCCCACGGCGGUGUGUAAGACGCGGCCGGGCGUGCGGACUAUCGCGGGGCCUGGGUCUGAGGAGGCUGCCUCAGUGGAGAUGGAAAAACCGUGUGGGUGCCCUCCAGGUGUAUGUGACCAUGGAAUGGGAGACCAGAGGGAUCCAUGGUAUUCAACCAUGGGCCUGUUCCCUCCAGUACGAGCCAUGAGCCAGCGGAAUCUGAAUGCGAAGACAGAACAAGGGCCGACCGGAGUCACAGUGACAUCCAACCCCAUAACAUGGGGACAGAUCAAGAAAACCACACAGGAAGCUGAGAAACUGCUGGAGCGCCAGGGUCAGGCAAAAACCCCUGACUCCAUGUUCUUGGCCAUGCUAGCUGUAGUGUCCUGUGCGUCUAUGGGAUCGGGUGAACCACCAACCAGCAAUUGAAAGCUGCACAGCCUGCAAUUACCUUUAUUCAAUUAAUGCAAAAACAAAAAGGGGGAGAUGUUAGAGGCCGAAGGAAUGAGGGUCGUGACCAACUCAAUAUACCACUGGAGGCUCUAUGAGCGAACAGCAAACUGUUCUCAUGAAAGCAAGAUGCUGGCAAACUGACAAACUGUGUCUGCCACCAGAAGGAAUGCUGGGGGCAGUCAUGUCCCAGGUCCCAUGCUCCUUGAGGUUAUCUACAGGAACAUCUAGAACCUGUUGAACAAAGAAAGCAAUCGUGGGCCUGUGUUAAAUAGCUGACUGACAGUUACCCCUUCCUCCCUAUUCACUCUACCUAAUAAAUAUGAAGGGCUAUAAAAGCUCAGGGCUCUUGUUCCCUAGAAUCAAGGAGCCCCCUGACCCCUUCUUUCAAACAGAUCCUUUUGUCUUUGUCUCGUUUCUGCAUUUGUCCUCCUUCAUUCGGUCCAGAAGCAACUGUGACAGUCCUGCAUGUGUUGAUGCCACCUGUCUGUGCAGAUGUGACCUCAGGUGUGUGAGUAUCCCUUAUACCUGUUAUCAUCACUGCCUAUUUGCUCUUCCUCCAGCCUCUGGCAACCACUAAUCCACGUUAUGUGUCUAGAUUUGCCUCUUCUGGAUACUUCAUAUAAAUGAAGUUAUACGAUA